AUGCUGCGCAUCUUUGGCGCUGCAGAGGAAGAGCUGGCUCAGGUGUCCCUGGACGAUGUCUGGAACAUUAAGACGGUGAAGCAGCAGUUGCAGAAGCUGCAUGGGUUCUCUGUCUUCCGGCAGCAGCUCCUGCGGGAUGGCAGCAGCCUGGAGGACGACGAUAAGUUGGACGAGCCCUGCGACUUGCAGCUGAUCUUGUUCAACUUUGCUAAGGCCUCGAAGGAGCAAGCUCGCAAGCUGACAGCUGCAGCAGCAAGUGGCAGUAUCUUCGAAGUUGAAGAGAUGCUGCAAAGCCUCCUCGAUCCGAACCAGGCAGACAAGUCUGGCCGGACACCGCUUGUCAUGGCAGGACUGGGAGGUCAUGAAGUGACUGCACGUUUACUUCUGGAAGCCGGCGCUGAGAAGGACUUGCCUGAUCCCAACGGCGUGACGGCUCUGAUCGGUGCAGCCAGCGAAGGUCAUGUAGAGACUCUUCGAUUGCUGCUGGAGGCUGCCGCAGAGAUGGACUUAGUUGACAGAGACGGUGACACUGCACUUAUGUGUGCUGCCAGCAACGGCCACGUAGAGAUAGUACGGCUGCUGCUGGAAUCAGGUGCUGUCAAGAUUUUGGCGAAUUACGCCGGCCGCACUGCCCUGAUACAGGCAUCUAUACCAGGCUAUGCAGCGACCGUUCGAUUGCUCCUGCUGGCGGGUGCCGGCAAGGACUUGGGUGACAAUGCCUACGCUGACACAGACCUGGCCAAUCACGAUGGAGACACAGCUCUCAUUUGCGCGUCCAGCAAGGGACAUGUCGACGUUGUGCGUUUGUUGACUGAGGCCCGUGCUGACACGGACUUGCUGAACGACAGCGGGAGAACCGCCCUGAUGAGUGCAUGUUACCGAGGUUCUGCUGAGACGGUGCGGCUACUCUUGGAGGUCGCUGCUGCCACCGAUGUAGCUGACAAGGACACCCAGACCCCUCUUCUUUACGCAGCUGGAAGAGGCCAGGCAGAAAUCGUGCGUCUGCUCCUGGAUGCGAAUGCCAACCACCAUCUGGCGAAGCAAAAUGGUCGGACAGCUCUGAUAGAGGCGUCCUUGUGCGGUCUGGGAGUCUCUGUGGAGAGCGCGCGCUUGCUCUUGGCAGCUGGUGCGGACAAGGACUUGGCUGAUAACGAUGGCGACACGGCCCUUAUUUGCGCAUCUGGCAAGGGGCACACCGACAUUGUCCGGUUACUGCUGCAGGCAGGUGCCCAAAAGGACUGGGCCAAUUAUGGCAGCGACACCGCCCUCAUUUGUGCAUCGAACGAAGGCCACGUGGAGACUGCCCGGCUACUCUUGGAGGCAGGUGCUGACAAGGACCUGGCAGACAACGACGGUGAUACCGCUCUCAUUUGUGCAUCAAGCAAAGGCCACGGGCAGAUCGUCCGCUUGUUGUUGGAGGCCGGUGCAGACAAGGACCUCGCAAACGAUGCUGGCCAGACAGCGCUCAUGCAGGCGGCUCUGCGAGGAUAUGUGGAGACCGCCCGGCUGCUCUUGGAGGCGGGUGCCGAAAAGGACUUGGCUGACAACGACGGCGACACCACUCUGAUCUGCGCAUCUGGCAAAGGUGAUGUAGAAAUGGUACGAUUGCUCUUGGACGCUGGUGCUGACAAGGACAGGCCGAACAGUGCGAGCGACACAGCCCUCAUUUGCGCCGCCAAUGAAGGCAACGUGGAAACAGUGCGUUUGCUACUUGCGGCUGGUGCCGCAGAGGGCGCAGCGGACAAGGACGGGGACACUGCACUCAUUUGUGCAGCUGGCAAGGGACGCUCGGACAUCGUGCGUCUGCUGCUCGAGUCCGGUGCGCAGCCAAACGUAGCAAACUGCAAGGGUCGCACAGCGCUCAUUCAGGCAUGCCUGCGAGGAACUGUCGAGACGGUGAACUUGGUCCUGCAGGCCAGCACCGACAAAGAUUUGUCCCAGCACGCUUGGCAAGCCCUUAUCAACGAGUCUCUCCGGGGUUACAUGGACGUGAUUCGUUUGCUGCUGGAUGGUGGUGCUGACCCAGAUCUUGCCGACUACCGUGGUGACACUUCACUCAUUUGCGCAUGUGGAAAAGGACACGUGGAGAUGGCACGAUUGUUGGUCGCAGCUGGUGCUGACAAGGACUGGGCCAACUAUGACAGCGACACGGCUCUCCUUUGUGCAGCCAACGAAGGCCACGUGGAAAUCGUACGGCUGCUCUUAGAAGCCGGUGCGAGCAAGGACCUGGCGGACAACGACGGCGACACGGCGCUGAUCUGCGCCGCAAGCAAAGGCCACGAGGAGGUGGUGCGCUUGCUCUUGGAUGCAGGGGCAGACAAAGACCUUGCCAACGACAGUGGACGCACGGCUCUUAUGCAGGCAUCUCUCAGAGGGUGGAGGAAGGCUGUGACUUUGCUGUUGGCUGCUGGUGCUGACAAGGACCUGGCGGAUAAUGACGGCCAAACAGCGCUGACGUUUGCACAGAAAGAAGACCAUGCAAGAAUCGAGAGGUUGCUUCGCACUCAGAACAACAACUUCUCAGGUGUCUUGGAUCACUAA